AUCAUAAAGGACAGUCAGGGAUGUAUAGCCUGUCUGGCCCUGGAUCACGACGUAAGAGGCUGCCGGAGCCAACAAGGUUGUUCGAGAUGCAGUGGCAGGCAUCACAUCCUGUUGCAUUUCGAACAACGCGAAAAAGAGGCGGAAAGCCAAAAGCCGAAAUCGAAAUAUUCGAACGGCAAGCGCGAGGAACGGCGAGAUAACGCCCCUCCACAGCGCCGUACGGCUAAGGCGAAAGCCGGCACCGAUACCUCGAACGCGCAAGCAGCUACGUCACGGGCCACUACGUCACACUGUACGGCAAGUACAGACGUACCGAGGCCGGUGCUAUUAGCAACCGCGAUCGAAGAAAACCUCAGCCACGGUAUCGGGCUUGGGGGGUGGUCGGACCCAAAAAUCAAGUACAGCGUAGGGCUGAAUUUGGGAACGCCUUCCGGGGUAACUCCUGUGGUUUCGGCGAGAGCGUACGUCGUGACAAAAAUCACGAGUUAUGCCUCGCCAUCUGUAAACGCGCUCGAUAACGACGCGUUGCGAAACCUGAAGCUCGCCGAUCCCGAGCCCGCGUCUGGCCAAAACAUUGAAGUUUUGAUCGGCGCAGAUUUGUACGCUCAAGUUAUUCGGUCGGGAUUCCGUCGAAUAUCUCCCGAAGGGCCUAUUGCACAAGAAACUGCAUUUGGCUGGAUAUUAUCCGGACCGAUAGAUGCAGCGAGCAAGGCCCAGGGUCACGUGCGAACGUUGCAUUGCAACAUAUUCGAAUCGCUGGAUCACGCGAUUCGACGGUUCUGGGAAAUUGAAGAAAUUCCCUCGACCUCGGUGCUUACAAAAGCAGAGGAAGAGUGCGAAGCUCAUUUCCAAAAAACUGUCGCACGGGAUGCAACGGGAAGAUUUAUUGUCCGAUUGCCGUUUAAUCAUCCGAAACCGGAAGGUGCAUUGGGAGAUUCACUCCGUAUCGCCCUCUCCGCAUUGACAAGGUUGAGAAGGAAAUUGGACAAGGAUCAGACCCUCGUACGAGAAUAUCAAGAAUUUCUCACGGAGUAUGAGUCGUUGGAACACAUGACUCGUAUCGAGCCCUCUGAAAAAUCCAGACUCUACAUUCCGCAUCGAGCGGUCAUCCGUACGGAGAGUGCAACUACCAAACUGCGAGUCGUGUUUAAUGCGACGAGCCGUACGGUGGGUGGAAACUCCCUAAACGACAUCCUACACGUAGGGCCGAAAUUGCAGAACGACAUCACGUCCGUUUUGACGAGAUGGAGGCUGUACGAAUACGUGUUGGUGGCCGAUAUCGAGAAAAUGUUCCGACAAAUUCUCGUCGCCCCGCAGGAUCGUCGAUUUCAGUGCAUCUUAUGGCGCACGCCCGAAACCGAAGGGCUUCAAGCCUUCGAAUUAAACACCGUUACGUACGGAACGGCGUGUGCACCAUAUUUAUCGAUGCGUACUCUUCUCGAGCUGAAAAAACGGGACGGUGACAGAUUUCCUCUCGCCGCUCCGAUACUCGAGAAAGACAUAUACGUUGAUGACGUAUUUAUGGGGGCACCCGAUACGACCCUAUUGGAAAAAAUUCGUAUUCAAGUUUGCGAACUCCUACAGGGCGGCGGGUUUAAAUUGAGAAAGUGGGCUGGCAAUUCACAGAAAUUACUGCGAAACAUCCCACAAAGUUCUCACUCCCACGCUGUCGAUCUCACCUUAUUCGAUGACACCGAACUCAAGGUGCUCGGAUUGCGAUGGAUACCAUCGGGUGAUUACUUCUAUUUCAACCUGCAACGGUUUCAACCGGCUGCAGGUCCGAUUACAAAACGAACUUUGUUUUCCGAAAUAGCCAAACUUUACGAUCCGCUCGGCUGGUUAUCACCAGUCGUAAUUCGGGCGAAGAUUUUGAUGCAAUCCCAAUGGCUGGAAAAAAUCCAGUGGGACGAUCAUGUCUCCGCGAAUACGUUAAAAACGUGGAACACGUUUUGCGAGGAUUGGAGCAGUUUGGAAAAAGUAAAAUUUCCCAGAUGGAUCCGUUACGGAGCAGACACAGUUUCGGUGGAAUUACACGGAUUCUGCGAUGCUUCGCUCGGAGCGUACUCGGCCGUUACGUAUUUACGCGUAACGACCAUGACCGAGGAAGUUUACACAACCUUGAUCAUGGCAAAAACGAGGGUGGCUCCUAUAAAAACGCAGUCGAUUCCGAUUCUCGAAUUGAAUGGAGCUGUACUGCUUACCGAGCUUAUAGUGCACGUGGGACGGUCACUUUCCAUAAAAAUUGACCGCAUAAUCUGUUGGUCAGAUUCCACUAUUACACUUGCUUGGUUGAAAAAACAUGCUUCGACUUGGAAGGUUGUGAUAGCCAACCGAGUAUCAAAAAUCCAAACCUUGCUUCCGAAGGCUGAAUGGAGACACGUUCCCACCCGCUUCAAUCCCGCGGAUUUGAAUUCGCGCGGUGUCGAAGCAGCGGAACUCAUUCAGUCGAAGCUAUGGAUUUCUGGACCAGCAUGGUUAAGACAAUCUGAAGAAAAUUGGCCGAAAACGCCUGAUUCCAUCGACACGAGCGAGGGCAAGCGCAUUCCGCACGCCCACGUUGCAACUCCAGAGAAAGAAUGGGAAUUCGUGUUUCGAUUCUCAACCUGGAGUAAGCUACUUCGCGUAACUGCAUAUUGUCUCCGAUUACGAAGACCGAUGCAAGGUGAGCGAAGGUCGUUCGAUGCAAACAUUGUCGAAGCUUCAGAAUUGCAGCUCGCCAAGGAAAGAAUCGUCCGCUACAUACAGCGAACGCACUUCGCGGGCGAGUACCAGUGCUUAAAAAAGCGCAGGGAAAUUCCCGCGAAAUCUCCAUUAAAACGUCUGAACCCGUUCCUAGACGCACACGAUGUCUUAAGGGUAGGUGGACGAUUGGAGAAUGCGACGCUGGCAUGGGAAGCGAAGCACCCCAUAAUUUUGCCAAAACAUCAUGUGUCCACCAUGAUAAUCCGGCAGUGCCACGUAAAUACGUUGCAUGGGGGCUUGCAGCUGACGAUAUCCAUGGUAAAACAGCAAUUUUGGAUCCUCGGUUGCAGAACCACAGCUCGAAAGGUCAUUCAUCAAUGCAUGAAAUGCGUGAGAUGGAGGGCACAAACCUCCACGCAGAUCAUGCAGGAUUUGACCUUGGAACGAAGUCGUCCAGCCCGGGCUUUUCUAAACUGCGGAGUUGAUUAUGCGGGACCGUACAAAGUCCGCGACUCCGCGGGCCGAGGAAAAACAGCUCAUAAAGCGUACAUAGCGGUUUUUGUCUGCUUCGCUACAAGGGCUAUACACAUUGAACUCGUCCACGAUUACACGACGAGUGCAUUUUUGGCUGCAUUGGAGCGAUUCAUUGCCCGACGAGGAAUCCCGUCCUGCAUACGCAGUGACAACGGGACAAAUUUCGUCGGUGCAGAUCGUGAAUUAAGAAAACAUUUCAAUAUGGUGUGUAAAACGCCGGAAAUGCGAAACGAAUGUGGCCAGAAGGGCAUUCGGUGGAAAUUUAAUCCACCCAGUGCCCCCCAUUUUGGUGGGAUGCAGGAAGCUGGUGUCAAAUCAGUGAAGCAUCAUUUGAAGCGCAUCAUAGGAGAAUUCACUCCCACGAGCGAAGAAUUACAGACGUUACUCUGUAAAAUCGAAGCCAGUUUAAACUCGCGACCGAUUGCCGCUCUGAGUGACAGCCCAGAUGAUUACGCGCCUCUCACACCGGCCCACUUCCUAAUCGGAGGGCCUACGUUGGCACCCCCAAUGCAAUCCGUGGAAAAUGCAAAUAUUUCGCAUCUUACAAGAUGGAGAGCAAUGCAAAAAUUCCACGAGCAGCUCUGGAGACACUGGACGAGAGAUUAUCUCACGCAUCUCCAGAACCGCUACAAAUGGCAGACGGAAAAUACACGCCUAAAAAAGAACGAUCUUGUUCUGGUACAGAAUCCUCUCCUCCCCCCAAAUCAGUGGGAAAUGGGAAGAAUAGAGGAAGUAUUUCCGGGAAAGGAUGGGCAUGUACGUGUAGUUAAAGUACGUACAGCCAAAUCCACAUAUACACGACCAAUUACGCGAUUGUGUAAACUGCCUGUGGCUGAGUUUUCGUUUGAGUCACCUUCGGCAACGGUUCCCGAAGCCGAACAGGUGAUCUAA